GUGAAUCUGGUGAAUACGUCAAGCCUGUCAUUAUCAGAAGAUUUUGUCAAGUGUUUUUUUCUGAUCGUGCACGAUGGCUGUAGAAAAACUUAAAUUGAACAAUGGUUACGAAAUGCCAGCUUUUGGCCUUGGAACGAUGUUUGCCCGCGAAGAUAUCGGUGUACAAACGAUAAGGGAUGCUAUUGACGUCGGUUACCGGCACUUUGAUACGGCUCAUUUGUAUGGCAAUGAGAAGCAAGUGGGUGACGGUAUACGGGCUAAGAUUGCUGAAGGUGCUAUUAAACGUGAGGAUGUUUUCGUUGUCACAAAGCUGUGGAAUACGUACCAUGAACCAGAUAAAGUGGAAAUGGCCUUUCGCAAUUCCCAUUCUAAGUUAGGACUCGAUUACAUUGAUCUGUAUUUGAUGCACUUCCCAACGGGUUUCGAGUACCGCGGAGACUCUGAGGAAGAUCUAUUCCCGAAAAAUGAAGACGGAACUUUGAGUUUCAAUGAAGUGGACUAUAUAGACACUUACAAUGCUAUGGAAAAAUUACUUGAUACCGGCCUGGUGCGCAGCAUUGGAGUGUCUAAUUUUAACAGCGAACAAAUUGAUCGCUUAUUGGCCAAUUGUUCCGUGAAGCCGGUGACUAAUCAAAUUGAGGUCGGACCCAGUAUCGCACAGAAGAAGUUAACGAAAUUCUGUAAGGAUCGCGAUAUCGUCAUAACCGGAUACAGUCCAUUAGGCCGUCCCUAUGCAGCCGAUCUAUUCCCGAAUGCUCCGAAGCUGGCGUUUUUGGAUCCAAGAGUUAUUGCCAUCGGUGAAAAAUACGGAAAGACCGGAGCACAGGUCGUUCUUCGCUAUUUGUAUCAAUUGGGUGUGGUUCUGAUCCCGAAGUCAUCGAACAAGCAACGCAUGAAGGAGAACAUUGAGAUUUUCGAUUUCACACUGACUGAGGAAGAAGUGGCUGUACUGGAAACGUUUGACAUUGGCGUCAAAACGACGUCACCGUUUUCCAGAGAAGGUACAACAAUCGACCACAAAUAUUGCCCAACCAAAAUCGAAUUCUAGAGUGUGUGUCUGGUGACGAUUUGAUCGAAUAAAUGGAAUAUUUCUAAUAGUAAAA